UGAUUGAGCAAAAAUAAUUGUUCUGUCGCGAUUGAAUAAAAAUAAUUGUUCUAUCAUCGCUAUUUCUCAGUCAAGAUUUAUUGCGCUUUGGAAGGGCAAGAAGCGCUAGAGAUCUGCACGUUUUAUGGCCGAGAUCCAACAAAAACAACCGCAGUUUCCAAUGUGUUCUCGUCUCGUAUUGUAUUGUCAUACAGUCCGUGAGACGUAAACAAGUAUACGAAAAUGGUUUCAAUGAAACAUGUAACAAUCGUCAUUUUAACAAUACAAAUUUUCAUGACGAUUCUUGCGCUUUAUAUUCUUGGACUGUCUAAUUACUUAACCGAUUUUGAGAAAAAUACAUGCGAGAUGACGUACAUGUUCGAGUACCCGCAGUAUGUGAGAAUAUCUUUGAGAAAUGAUAUAGAGAAACAGUUUCCACGAUUUGGAUUAUAUGCCUAUGGGGAAGGUCAACAGACAGAAAAAUUAAGAAGAAUGUUUGUUUCUGGAAUACCAGUUCUUUUUAUACCAGGCAACGCUGGUUCUCAUGAGCAAGUACGAUCUAUUGCUUCAGUAAGUUUAAGAAAAAGUCUAAAAAAAAGUACUUCUUUUCACUUUGACUUUUUCACUAUCUCUUUCAACAAGGAUCUUUCCGCAAUCUAUGGAGGUGUACUUCUGGAACAAACUGUAUACGUCUCGCAUUGUAUCGAGACAAUAUUAUCCUUGUACAGAGGUAGAAUGGAUAAAGUUAUAUUGAUUGGCCAUUCCAUGGGUGGUAUCAUAGCUAAAGGAGCUCUCGUGCUAACACCGUACGUUAAUGCCUCAUUUGCAAGUAUGAUAGUGAACCUGGCAACUCCGAAUGUUCCGUCUGUAUUUCUGGACAGCACGUUUGCCAAUUACUAUCACGAACUGAAAAAUCAUUUACACGAGAUUAAAGAUGCGGGAGUGAAGGUGGUAUCUAUAGGAGGUGGGCCACGCGACUUAAUGGUAACCGCUCAGCAGACAUUCGACUUCACAGCGGACAUAAACGUUCUCUCCACGAGUAUACCAACCGUUUGGAAAUCCACCGAUCAUUUGAGUAUUUUGUGGUGCAAGCAACUGGUGCUCGUGAUCGUGCGUUCUUUAUUCGAUUCUGUGGACACUUCGAAGAGGCCGUUUAAAAUUACAUCGGAUCCGGAUUUGAAGAUGCGGGCGCUAUCCUACAACUUUCUGCAAUUAACUUCAGGCAAAAAUUUGUAUCCUUACAUGGAUAAAGUUAAAUUCGCUCCCGGAACAUGGGUGAGCAUCAAACCUCAACAUUACGUCUGGAACAACAAAAAUUUAUUGAAAAAGUCGUCUACUAUAUAUCUUGUUGUGAAACUAUUUUACGAAUCCAACGUUCUGACUAUUGACACGAUAAAUCUGGAAGACAGAAAUUGGCUGUUCGCAUGUACGCCGACCGAGACACAAGACAACAGAACAAUAUGCGAAUGGGGUUGGAAUUUAACAAAUAAGACGAGAAUUUUGCCGGAUAACCUUUUCCGGACAAGGAGAACUGUCGAUUUGGAUUACAACACUAUAAGUCAUCUCAACGUCACGCACGCUGUCGUAAAGGUAACUCCGGACGAUUUGGACGACGAUCUCACAGUCGGGUUCGACCCGUAUUAUUACUCCAGUAGAGUCAAACCUGUGGAAAGUAGAGUCGGGUUCACAAAUCUUAUCGGAUUUCGCGAAUCCAGUUUUACAACAGUUAUAGGAGACAUAAGAUAUCACGUGCCGUUUUCGAAUCUCAUAAACGCGAUCGCGGUCGAAGUGAAAUCACCGGGUUGCUCGGAAUCAGCCAUUGUAGAACUAAUAGAGCCGUGGAAUGCAGGAUUCACUCAAGUGACAUUUUUCCCGACUACGGAUAGCGGUCCAAAAGUAAUGAAGCUGCAAAAUGCGCGGGAACAUCGCAAUGAAAUGUCAGUUUUGCGAUUGACGUUGUAUCCAGAGUGCAUUUACACGAUUAAACUCACAUCUUCAGGAAUCAUUGACAGAAUCGCUUGCAGAAUACGGGAUCGUUGGCCGUCACUUUAUCUGGGAAUUAUUAGUUUAAUCUUACUUUUUGUUUCCGGAAGAGUGAACAGUUCGGACGUAUUACCGACAAUAAUUGUUACCAUUGUAUUAUCUGUUCUAUUCGGCGUCAUCUACGAAAUCUGUAUCGCAGUGUGUGUUAUUAGUUUAGCUACUAUUUUUGUAUGUUUUUCCGUUGUAUUUCUCGGUUACGGCGCACACGGACUAGCUGUCACAUUUUUAUCGCGUGCAAUAGCUUAUUCAACAACCUGGUCGGAUUGGUUGUUGAAUAUUCUGAAUCAGCUGCCGUUUAUCACAACCAUUCUCGUACUCUCCAUAAUCCCGGCAACGUGCGGCGCUCUGGCCAUGCUUAUUUCAGUAUUUCUUUCCUUCCUGAAAUUAACAACGAUGUACGAAGAUUGCCUCGGGGAAGUGUUAGUGGCUUCUCUUCAGCAUUUCAAUUUGUUUCAACAUUUGAGAAACCGAAAUGAAAACAAAGAAGACGAUCAAAGUCCCACUCAAAAGAUAUACGAUCAUCUUAUUUUAUUUUUAUUGUGGGUCUUUGUUGCAAUACCAGCAGUGCCAUCUGUUCUAGUUUGGGCGAAAAAUUUCAGCUAUGAUAUGAAGCUCAUCAUGGAAGAUCCUGUACUUCUUACAAGUUGGGUAAUAUUAGUUGCGUGUAGCACAUCAAAUGUUAUACGAAUAUCUCCUCCUAGGUAUCAUAAGGGCAAUCGCUCGCUCUUAGUGAGCAGUGUGAUACGUUUCGUGAGCUGGCUUAUUCUCAUGACGAUGGCAGCUCCACAUCCAGGUUUCUAUUAUUGGUGUAUACCACUUGUUGUGGCUGCGAUUACAAUACUCAUCACAUUAAAUUCUAUAGUAUAGUUUCUAAGCGCGAGUCUUAUUAAAAUAAGAAUUUUGCAAAGUUCUUCCAUUUAUUUAUAUAUAUGUAUAUUAUUAUUU